GCUUUGUAGGGAGCUUCCCUUGCUCAUCGAUGACGAAAAAGCAGGGGCGUGUCUAGGGAUCCUACGGACUGGCAAAGAUGGCAGCCUGCGUGAGACAGGACCUGACCCAACUGAUGAAUUCUAGUGGGUCUCAUAAGGAUCUGGCCGGGAAGUACCGGCAGAUAUUAGAAAAGGCUCUCCAGCUUCCCGGACCAGAGCAACUUGAGGCUCUGAAAGCAUUUGUUGAAGCAAGUAGGUUUAAUGUGGUCAAUGAGAAUGUCAGCUUGGUGAUAUCACGUCAGCUAUUGACGGACUUCUGCACGCACCUUCCCAGUCUUCCCGAUGGAAUUGCCAAGGAGAUCUACCACUUCACCCUCGAGAAGAUCCAACCCAGAGUCAUUUCUUUUGAGGAACAGGUUGCAUCAAUCAGACAGCACUUGGCAUCAAUUUAUGAGAAGGAAGAAGACUGGAGAAAUGCAGCCCAGGUUCUUGUUGGGAUACCAUUGGAAACUGGACAGAAGCAAUAUAACGUUGACUACAAACUGGAGACCUAUCUAAAAAUUGCCCGGCUGUAUCUGGAGGAUGAUGACCCGGUCCAGGCCGAAGCUUACAUUAAUCGGGCUUCCUUGUUACAGAACGAGUCUACCAAUGAGCAGCUCCAAAUCCAUUACAAGGUUUGCUAUGCCCGUGUUCUUGACUACAGGCGGAAGUUUAUUGAAGCUGCACAGAGGUACAAUGAGCUGUCAUACAAAACCAUCGUCCAUGAAAGCGAGAGAAUGGAAGCGUUAAAGCAUGCGUUGCACUGCACCAUCUUGGCGUCUGCAGGACAACAGCGUUCCAGAAUGCUGGCGACCCUGUUCAAAGAUGAACGGUGCCAACAGCUUGCAGCCUAUGGCAUUCUGGAGAAGAUGUACCUGGACAGAAUCAUCAGGGGCAACCAGCUCCAAGAGUUUGCUGCCAUGCUCAUGCCUCAUCAAAAAGCAACCACUGGAGAUGGGUCCAGUAUUUUGGACAGAGCUGUUAUAGAGCACAACUUGUUGUCAGCAAGCAAACUGUACAACAACAUCACCUUUGAGGAGCUUGGAGCCUUGUUAGAGAUCCCAGCUGCUAAGGCGGAAAAAAUAGCUUCUCAGAUGAUUACAGAGGGUCGAAUGAAUGGGUUUAUCGACCAGAUUGAUGGUAUUGUACAUUUUGAAACACGUGAAGCUUUACCGACAUGGGAUAAACAAAUUCAGUCGUUGUGUUUCCAAGUAAAUAACUUAUUAGAAAAGAUUAGCCAGAUCGCACCAGAGUGGACAGCGCAAGCCAUGGAGGCUCAAAUGGCACAGUGAAAAACUCACUCCUGCAAAAGCAUUUUAUUUUUCCUGCUGUUGAACUUUGUUCCCUCCUGCCUGUCACAUAUGGCUGGUUCAACGACAAUACAGAAAUAAACUUUAAGUUGUGUUGACUUAUUCAGAGAAA